AGAUAGACAUCACAGGUUUAACUGGAACAAUUACAAGUCCCGGGUAUCCACGUUUCCUACAGCGCGCCGACUACGUGUGGACAUUCAAGCCGCCAUUCCCCAAUUCACAGUUGGCUCUUUACUUUGAAGAGAUUGACUUAAGACGUCAAAGUGAUGGCAAAAGCCUAAUCCGAGUCAAAGAUAUCAACGGCUACCAAUAUUAUCGGGCUUCCAACUCUAAAACGAAUGGAGUUCAUGUUUGGAUCAUCGAUAAUCCCUCCACCGUACGUUACUUCACAGCAUUCUCAGAAAUACGAGGCGGACUGAAAAAAGGAUUCCUUAUGCGCUACUUUGUCAUUGAUCCUUUACAAAAUCAAGAUUCUUGUAACAGCGAAUGGAAUUUCAAUGUUGAGACGGGUAUUAACACCAUCAACGUAACAUGGACACCAUUUAAUAAUCUUUACAAUGCUUCCAUCGAAUACUUAGUCCUCUACAAUCAAUCUGACAGCGAAAAGAGGAGUUUCAAAGUAGCAAACGACAGGCUAUUCGCCACCAUCAGUCCUGUUAAUCCCAUGACGUUUUAUUCAGUGAACAUCGUUGCUCUUGAUUCUUCAGGACGAGUUAACAGGACUGUUCAUAGUUGUACUAAGCUUGUCAGAACUAAAGAUGCGCCUUCGCGAAUCGACGGAGGUCAAUUCCCUAACGAAGGAUUAGUCCAAGUACAGUACGAUGGCAUUUGGGGCACCAUAUGUCCCCAGUGGUGGAACAUGAACGCUGCUAAUGUUGUAUGCCGUUCAAUGGGACUACCACCAGCAACAUACGCUUUGAAAAACGUGGGUCGAUUUAGCAACAGAGCCAGUAGAAUCUGGUUAUCGGGUGUGAGAUGCCAAGGAUAUGAGGAGAGUUUGUCGUCUUGUCUUAAUUCCGGAUGGGGAAACGUUGCCAAUUGGUGUAGCGCAGUGUUUGGCAUCGCUGGUGUUGUCUGUGGAUCUCCAAAUGUCACGCAGAUGAAUGUUACUGACCAAUUCGGAGAGAUCACGAGUCCUGGAUAUCCGCUGUUCAUGAAACAAGCUAACUACGAGUGGACAAUAAGACCUUCCUUAGAAAAUGCGCAUGUAGUUAUUUACUUUGAAAGGAUUGGUCUAAGCAGACGUCAAGGUGUUAGUAAUUUGACAGUGACUGAUGCAGCACAGAAAACAUUCACAUUUUCGUCAAACCAAAGAAAGGAAAGGUUCAGUUUCGUGACUUCCAAUACUCCAGUACAUGUCGCCUUCUUUUCUUCUUUCACGAGUGGAUUAUGGAAAAAUGGCUUUCGUAUGUUUUAUUUCAUCUUCAACCAAUCAUUGGAUUAUGCUCCAGUUUCAGAAGGCUGGUCCAUCAACGCAAGCAGUUAUAAUCUAAGAACCAUCAAAGUAUCCUGGCUGCCCUUCAAUGUCAGUGAUUUCCCUAUUGCUGGAUACCUAGUGCUCUGUAACUCAACGGACCCUAGUUUGGUCAAUGUCUCAUAUGCUAUUACUGACAACAGCUCAUUCUCUGCCGCAUGUGAUAAUCUUGAGGGUCUUACUACCUAUCGUGUUCAAGUAUUGGCUUAUCUUCAAGGACUUGACCAGAGAACCAUGAUGUACAGAAGUAUGGCAGUAGAAGUAACAACAACAAAAAUAACGAGAAUUAGAUUGGCUGGUGGAAAGAUACCUGGUGAAGGUCGCGUGGAAAUCUUACACAACGAUCAAUGGGGAACAGUCUGUGAUGACAAUUGGGAUCUCAGAGUUGCAAAUGUGGUCUGUCGUUCACUGGGUCUACCAAGAGCUGUAAGUGCUUUGACUUCUGCAGCUUUUGGUCCUGGUACUGGUCGAAUCUGGAUGGAUGAUGUAUACUGUAGUGGAAAUGAACCGUCUUUGUUUGAGUGUCGGCAUAGAGGAUGGGGGUCACAUAACUGUGGACACGGAGAAGAUGCGAGUGUUUUGUGUGGAAAUCCUCCAGUCGUGCUGCUUAAUAUCACAAAGGUUACUGGAUUGAUCACCAACCCUGGGUAUCCAGAUUACAUGCAGCGAGGAGAUUACACCUGGACGUUCAGACCUUCCCAACGAAAGGCGCCUGUAGUGCUUUACUUUGAAGACAUUAACUUGAGAAGAAAUCGUCGAGGGAGAAGUCAAGUAUCGGUUCAAGACUAUGCUGGAACUCAAAUUUUGUACCUUGAAAAUACAAUACGAGGGCCAACUGCUACAUGGAUAUUUAAAAACCCAGGGACUCUGCGGUAUUACUCUUCAUAUUCAUCUAGAAACCGUGGAUUUCGGAUGCGCUAUUUUAUUUUGUUACAAGCUCCAGUUCAGAGAAGCUUAAACGUGAGUGCAAUAAGUGAUAGUACUUCUACUAUCUUAGUCAAAUGGUCACCAGUCAAUGUCAGUGGUUACGAGAUAGUUGGUUAUAUAGUACGGUGUAACUCGACAGAAGGACGGUCACGCAACAUGCAGUACAGCUUCAAGCUCAACAGCAGCGACUCUACAUAUUGUAGUCAUCUUACGAGAGGCGUUCGCUACAAAGUGCAGGUCUUCGUUUACCUGGCACAUCUUACUGACGGAACCUCUAGGAUUCAUAGCAGUGUUCCAUUAUUUGUGAGAACCAUGCUGAGAAUUGUGAAAGAACGGUUAGCUGGAGGAAAGGCGCCUGGCGAAGGAAGAGUUGAAAUCCUGUAUAAUGGCCGUUGGGGAACAGUCUGUGAUGACAAUUGGGAUCUCAGAGAUGCAAAUGUGGUCUGUCGUUCACUGGGUCUACCAAGAGCUGUAAGUGCUUUGAUUUCUGCAGCCUUUGGUCAAGGAACAGGACCAAUUUGGAUGGAUGAUGUACACUGCAGUGGAAGUGAAUCAUCUUUGUUUGAGUGUCGGCAUAGAGGAUGGGGGUCACAUAACUGUGGACAUCUAGAAGAUGCGAGUGUUGUGUGUGGAAAUCCUCCAGUGUUCAAGAUAAACAUCACAGAUCUGUCUGGAGUGAUCACAAGCCCUGGAUAUCCUCAGUACAUGCAGAGAGCAAACUACGAGUGGAUAUUCAGACCUCCAUUACCAGGAGCAAGUAUUGCUCUCUACUUUGAAAAUAUUGACUUGACGAGGAAUUUAGGCGGAGACAGCCAGCUUACCAUGCUGAAUGCCAAUGGCUCACAAAUAUUACAUGUUGAGAACCACAGAAUGUCCUCACUUGCCUGGAUUGAAAGUGUUCCUGUAACAGUCCGUUUUUAUUCGCUUUUCUCAACAAAACCUAGUUUGUUCGAAAGAAAAGGCGUGCGAAUAAAAUACUUUAUUUCUCGCAAGUUUCAAGAAUUACAAUCUUGUCGUACUGACUGGAACAUUACUGUCCAUGGUGAUUAUGAAAGUAUCGAAGUGUCAUGGACCACUUUGCCAGCUCCUCUUGGUGAAGAAAAGCACAGCUAUUUGGUAAUAUACGGGAAAGUUAAUAACAGAACAAGAAAUGAUAAUUUUACAAUAGUUUCCAAUUCUACGACAAGUGUUUUUAUUGGAAACCUUACGCACGACAUACUGUACACUGUGCAAGUAGUUGCAUUUGGUUCAGCGAGGGAUGUUGAUACGGGUGUGUACAGCUGUCCGAAACAAGUGAAGACGAAAAUUAACAUUCGUCUUUACGGUGGAAAAGUGUAUAACGAAGGAUUAGUUCAAGUAAAAUACCGUGGCACUUGGGGAACGAUCUGUGCAAUAUCGUGGAAUUUCAACGAUGCCAACGUCGUCUGCCGUUCACUCGGUUUACCUCCUGCAACAUACGCCUUGCGACGAAGGGGUCAGUUUACAAAUAAUAACGGAAUAGCCUGGAUUACUGCUCUACAGUGCAGAGGAAACGAGAGUAGAAUCUCGGAAUGUCAUCAUCGUGGAUUGGGAAACACGCCUAAAUGGUGCGGUACAUUCUACGGCGUUGCAAGUGUCGUCUGUGGGCAUCCUCAAGUUUCACAGAUUAACGUAUCAAACAAAUCAGGAGUGAUCACAAGUCCUGGCUACCCACAAUACAUGACGCAGGCUCGCUACAAUUGGACAUUCACAUCCUCAGAUCCAAAUUCAAGAAUUGCUAUUUACUUUGAUGACAUCAUAUUAUUUCGCAGUCAUGGCGGUGUUAGUAGCCUAACAGUAAGAGGCGACAGAGGAAAACAACUGUUGUUCGUCCAAAACAACCGAAUAGCUCGUGAUGUCACUUUCUUCUUGAAGCGAGACUCAUUACAAGUUUCGUUCUUUUCUUCAUUUACGAGUAAAGAUUCAAGGGGGUUUCAUAUGACGUUCUUUGAAGUCAACAAAAAUAUUAUCCGUGCUCCGUUAAACCCAGAUUGGAACAUUAUGGCAACAGGCGUCAGCACUGACGACAUCAAAGUCACGUGGUCUUUGCUCAAUGAGUCCCUGAUUAUAGGAUAUGUAGUUUCCUGUAAUUCAACAGAAACACGGUUAAUCAACGAAUCACUUCAAUUCGUUAACAACAAAACCACAAGUGCUUACUGUAAUCAUCUUGUGAAAAACACGCGUUACAAGGUGCAGGUUUUUGUUUACGUGAAACGUCUUGCUGAUGGGCAAACAAAUAUAUAUCGAAGUGUCUCAGUCUAUGCAAAAACGAAGCUUAAAAUGGAGAAAAUAAGAUUAGCCAGUGGGGAAGCGCCCGCUGAAGGUAGAGUGGAACUCUACCACAAUGGUCAAUGGGGAACAGUCUGUGAUGACAGAUGGGAUCUCAACGAUGCUAAUGUGGUCUGUCGUUCUCUGGGUCUUCCAAGAGCAGUGGCUGCACCACAUUACGCAGCCUUUGGUCAAGGAACAGGGCCAAUCUGGAUGGAUGAUGUGCGCUGCAGUGGAAGUGAAUCAUCUUUGUUCCAGUGUCGGCAUAGAGGACUGGGAUCACAUAAUUGUAAUCACGGAGAAGAUGCUAGUGUUGUAUGCGGACUGCUACCUUUGGUCAAGAUAAACAUCACAGAUCUGUCUGGAGUGAUCACAAGCCCUGGAUAUCCUCAGUACAUGCGGAGAGCAAACUACGAGUGGACAUUCAAACCUCCAUUACCAGGAGCAAGUGUUGCUCUCUACUUUGAAAAGAUAGACUUAACGAGGAAAGACGGGAGCAGUAGAAUUACCGUCAGCGAUUCAAACUCCUCUUCCAUUGUGACAGCUGGAAAUACGAUUAGAGAUCAGGUUUCUAUCUGGAUAGUAGAGACCCCUGGAACUGUACGAUACUUCUCACAUUUCACAACAAAGCGUGGAUUAGCCAAUAGAAAACAAGGCUUUCAUUUGCGAUACAUUGUAUAUGACGCCAAACAUGAAGUUCCCUGUCAGUCAAACUGGAAUGUUAUCGUGACAGCAGGGAUUGGACAAAUCAACGUAUCCUGGACACCAUUAACAGGCGUCCACACUUACUUGGUUCUGUAUAACUCCACAACAAGUAUCGGAAAGGAUUUUAAUAUUGUAAUCAACUCGAGCUCCAUUACCCUUGACUAUCUGAAACCCAAGGUUGUUUACUCGGUACAAGUUAUUGGCUUUGACUCUGUAACCUUCAAACCUAAAGCUUACAGCUGCCCAAGAUCAGCAGAGAUACAGAAAGCGAACGUUCGAUUGGUUGACGGGAAGGCACCAGGCGAAGGUCGGUUAGAAAUUUACCAUAAUGGCCGAUGGGGAACAGUCUGUGAUGACUUUUGGGAUCUCAACGAUGCAAAUGUGGUCUGUCGUUCACUGGGUCUUCCAAGAGCAGUGGCUGCACCACAUUACGCAGCCUUUGGUCAAGGAACAGGACCAAUCUGGAUGGAUAAUGUGCGCUGCAGUGGAAGUGAAUCGUCUUUGUUCCAGUGUCGGCAUGCAGGACUGGGAUCACAUAAUUGUAGACACAGAGAAGAUGCUAGUGUUGCAUGCGGCCUUCCCUCGAUGGUAAAGCUCAACAUCACAAACCUAACUGGAGUGAUCACAAGUCCUGGUUUCCCGGGCACCAUGCAUCGAGCUAACCUUGAAUGGACCUUCAGACCGCAGCUACCAAAUGCUCGAGUUGUUCUCUAUUUUCAAGAAAUCGAUCUAAGGAGGGGAAAUCUUAUAAGGGGGAAAAGCGAAAUGACAGUUUUAGACUCAAAAAACAACACAGUCUUUCAUACCAUGAAUGCGCAAAUAACGAGUAAUGCAGGGUGGAUGAUGGAUCCUCUGGGAAAAUUUCGCUACGAAAGAUCGGUUUCGACAAAUCCAUUAAGAAGAAGAAGACAAGGCUUUCGCAUGCAAUACUUUGUUAUCAGCGGUCUAGAUGACACAGAUUCUUGUCAGAACUGGAACAUCAGCAUCCGCGUUGGAUCGGGUAAUAUCAGUUUAUCAUGGAAGAUGCCAUCCCUUAUCUCCCAAAGACAAAGCAACACCUUUGGUUACUUAGUAGUAUAUAGUUCUGCAAAGAGCAGAAUUAAUAGUAAUGUUACAGUCUUGAAUAGUUCAGCUUUGUUGUCUUCCUCGAUCAACUUCCUUGCUCCAAACACGACAUAUUCUAUACAGGUUGUUGCAUUUGAUAAAAGGAAUGUUGGCAAUAUCAGUAUGCACACCUGUCCAAGAUUGCUGAAAACGAAAAAUGUUAUCUGGCGUCUCUCUGGAGGAAGCGAGCCAAACGAAGGAAACAUUGAAGUUAACUAUAAUGGUGUCUGGGGUAUUGUAUGUUCAUCAUACUGGGACAUAAAUGACGCUAAAGUUGCUUGUCGUUCAAUGGGUUUGCCACCAGCGACUUAUGCAUUGUGGAAUACGAUUGGCCAGUUUGGAAGUAGGAACCAAAAGUCAUGGUUGACAGGAUUAUACUGUACAGGGAAUGAAAGCAGCCUGACAGACUGUCCACAUCGAGGAUGGGGCAACACACCCAAAUGGUGCAAAUUGUUUUCGUACGUUGCUGGUGUCGUCUGUGGGUAUCCGUCAGUAAAAAAAAUGAAUGUAACCAGUCUUUUUGGGAUGAUUUCAAGCCCUGGGUAUCCAAGAUACAUGCGACAGGCACACUACCAGUGGACGUUUUAUCCUUCUGUACCAAAUGCACAAAUUGCUGUUUAUUUCGAAGAUAUCUAUCUUAUUCGCAAUGACCAUGGCUUGAGUAACCUGACAGUUACUGAUGCCAAAAAACAGCAGCUGUUGUUCGUUAAAAACAGACGAAAGGCUUCUUUCAGUUACCUCUCCGAGAAGAAUCCUUUACGAGUUACCUACUAUUCUGCAUUUACGAGUAAAAACCGUAAAAGAGGUUUUAAAAUGUGGUAUUUUGUGCUUAACGAAUCAUCAAGUCAAGUUCCACUCGCCAGUAACUGGAAGAUCAAAGCUAGAACCAAGAGUCCCUAUUCCAUUACAGCCACUUGGUCGCCAUUCACUGCUCAAGGGUACCUUGUUCUAGGGUACUUGAUGUCGUGUAAUACAACAGAACAUCACUAUAUCAAGUUGAAUGUGUCUUAUGCUGUUGCCACUAAUAACUCAACGUCUGCUUCAUGUAACCAGCUCAUAGGGCACACGUAUUACCAAGUACAGGUGUUUGUGUCUCUUGUUAAAGUUAGUGACAAGAGUCAGAUGAUGGUUUACAGAAGUUCCGAAACAGUGAAUGUGAAAACCAAAGAAGGAGUGCCAGUUACAUCGCCUUCGAACUUAACAGCCACUCUUGUGGGUGUUCGUGACGUUCUCAUCCAGUGGAAUCCAAUAUUACCACAUCACGCUCACGGCGUUCUUCUUGGAUACAGAGUGUUUUACCAGGACUAUUAUGUAAAAUUCAGAACAGUUCUUAUCACCAACAACACCCAAAUAACGAUCGAGAAUCUCCUUCCUGCCAUGAGAUAUUAUCUGCAGGUCUCUGGGUUUACCGCCAAGGGAUCGGGUCGAUCGUCAUAUGUACACUUCGUUACAAGAUGUGGCGAGGAUAUUGAACUUCAGUCGUAUGGUAAGAUAUCAAAUCCUGAUGCGGGAAUUACACGAAGGUGGAACGUUGACUGCACGUGGGCAUUUAAACCACCAUCAAGGACUGCACUAAUUCUGAUGAUAUUUGAUAAGUUAAAAAUACCUUCAUCUCAAUCUUGCAGGGAUUACUCCAUUUCCUUCAUCAACGGCCGAGGACAUUUGGUCAACAAGUUUUGCAGCAGCAAUUCUUUGUUCAGCUUUGUGUCAUAUGGCUCAGCUAAAGUGCAGUAUUCGUCUAUCUACCGGCGCCGAUUUUGGUGGAAAAAAGCAGUGAUCAGAGGGAGAUACUAUGUUCUAAGCCAAGGCAUUGAUAAAUCUCUUGUUGACCAAACAUGGAACACCCGAGUUCAGAGCAACCAUUCUACCACCAUUACUAUCCAGUGGCCUAGAUUCGUAGCAAGUGAUCCAAAAUUGAAUGUUGCUCAGUACAUUGCUCUUUGCACAUCCAAAAUGGAUCCCAAGAACAUAUCAUCGGUUAUAACAGAUGCUAAAGGUACUUCAGUUACGGUGGAAAACAUGAUGCCAGAUUCCUACUAUAUCGUCCAAGUGCUAGCCUUUCUUAGUCACUCUUUCAACUCUAACAAGGCAAAUGAAAGUAUUAGAGCAAGUCGAGAAGUCGUGGUGAAAACCAAAGCGCAAGCGCCUUGGCGACUUGAUGAAGGAAAGCUACCAAACGAGGGAACUGUAGAAGUGUUCUAUAAUGGAACAUGGGGUGCCAUCUGUACAUCAGACUGGGACAUAAAAGAUGCCAAUGUUGCUUGUCGCUCAAUGGGUUUGCCACCAGCAACCUAUGUUUUAAGGAAUAGAUUCUUGUUUGGCAUCAAGCAUCUAAAGUCGUGGUUGACAAGACUACAGUGUAAUGGAAAUGAAAGUAGUCUUUCAGAUUGUCCACAUGCAGGAUGGGGGAACACACCAAGGCAUUGUCAAUCGUCAUACUUCCAAGCAAGCGUAGUAUGUGGAUAUCCACAAGUGAAAAAACUCAUUGUCACCGAUCUGUCAGGAGUGAUCACAAGUCCUGGGUACCCGAAAUACAUGCAACAGGCUCACUUCAAGUGGACCUUCAGGCCUUUUGUUCGUGAAGCUCAACUUGCCAUGUUCUUUGAAGACAUCAAUUUGUUCCGCUUGACUGGAGGGGUAAGUAACAUCACAGUAAGGGAUACCAAAGGACAGCAGCUUUUGUUCAUCCAAAACCAAAGGCACCCUGCGAUCAGUUUUCUUUCCAAGGAAAUCCCUUUACAAGUUUCCUACUUUUCGUCGUACACAAGUGCCAUACGUUCGAGAGGGUUUCGUAUGUUUUAUAUUGUGGUCAACAAGGACUUGACAAAAGUUCCACUUGCCAGUAACUGGAACAUGACAGCAAAGAGCAAGAAUCCCUAUUCCAUUACAGCCUCUUGGUCGCCAUUCUCUGCUCAAGGGUUCCUAGUUGUAGGGUAUUUGAUGUCGUGUAAUACAACAGAACAUCAGCAUAUCAAGUUGAAUGUGUCUUAUGCUGUUGCCACUAACACCUCAACGUCUGCUUCAUGUAACCAGCUCAUAGGGCACACGUAUUACCAAGUACAGGUGUUUGUGUCUCUUGUUAAAGUUAGUGACAGGAGUCAGAUGAUGGUUUACAGAAGUGCCGAAACGGUGAAUGUGAAAACCAGUGAAGGAGUUCCAGUUUACCCGCCUAGAAAUUUAACAGUAACACUUGAAGGUCUUCGUGAAGUUCUCGUCAAAUGGGAUCCAUUAUUGCCACACCACGCACACGGCGUUCUUCUUGGAUACAAAGUGCUUUACCAGGAUUAUGCGCGUGGUACCAUCAAAACAAUUACCACCAACGACACCCGAGUAGCGAUAGAAAAUCUCCUUCCUGCAAUGAAAUAUUACCUGCAAGUGUCUGGGUUCACUGCCAAGGGAUCGGGUCGAUCAUCGUUUGCAUACUUCACUACAAAAUGUGGCAAGACGAUAGCCAAUGAACUAGAAGGGACAAUAACAUAUUCAACUAGCAGAUUUCCACGCUGGUGGGAUGUUGAUUGUCUAUGGGUAUUUAAACCACUAUCAAAAACUGCGUUAAUACUGGUGGUAUUCGAUCAGAUAGACAUGCCUACAUCGGCAUUGUGUAGUUAUUCCUCCAUUACGCUAAUCAAUGGCAGAGAUGAUUUGGUCAAACGUUUUUGUGGCAGCAGACGAUGGUUCAGUUUUGUAUCAUACGGAUCAGCUAAAGUCCAAUAUAAAUCACAUUGGCGUUCAUUCUGGUUGAAGAAAACGGAGCUGAAUGCGAGAUAUUAUAUUUUUAACAAGAAUGUUGAUGAGUCUUUGAUUGAUGAUACCUGGAAUAUCAUAGCUACGAGUUCGAACUCCGACGCCAUUACAGUGAAUUGGAAUAAAUAUCAACCACAUGACGAAAGUGCGUCGAAUGGUACAAAGUACAUUGUUCUCUGUUCCGCACAAGAUGAUCCCAGUAACAUAACAUCAUGGACUACAAAUGACAACAAGACAAGAAUCGAGAUACGAAACUUGACGACCAACACUGAUUAUAUCAUACAAGUACUGRCAAUAAUCACAAGUAUCCCAAAAGUGUCUUAUAGGAAUGAAACUCUUCGGGCAAGUCAAACAGUUGUCGUUAGAACUUCCAGGAAUGGAUCUACACCUUCAGCUCCAUUGCCACGUGACCUUAGAAAUUCUGUCAAUGUUUCUAUUGGAGGACUUAAUAUCUCAGAGUGGGACCAGUUCAUUGACUUCAGGUUCAGGAAUGCUAUCGCAGGUGUGGUGACAGAAYACUGUUCAUCCAAGGAUGGUCAGAGAUGUUCAUCCUUGGUUCUUAGCAGGCGAAGGCGCUCCAAUGGCAUCCGCCUCAUCUUCACAACACAAGAAGUUCAUCUUCUGCCAGAUUACCCAAUGCAGUUGUCUUCCUCGUCCAUCCUUGAUCACGUCAUUGCUGCCGUAGCUUUCUACGUUACGUUCCCACCAGAUGUCGCCGUUGAAGUUAACUCAGUCAAUGGAGAUAUUCUUGUUGAUAUCAUCAAUGGAUCACUCGCUCGUAUCGGCAAAGCCAUCAACAAGACAAUACUCUCUGUGUCCAUGUACUCGGGAAAAGACCUUUCUAAUACUACAGUACCACCAGGGUUACCAAAGAAAGGACAGUCUAGUUCCUAUAACAAGUCUGCUAUUAUUGGUGGAACUAUUUCUACGGUKAUUUUAGUCAUUAUUGCCGUGGUCAUUGGCCUACUUAUCUACAGAAAAUAUCACGAAAAUAAAGAUUACCUUGAGCAUGUUGACGAACAAGUAUCAGAAAUGCAGCUCUCCGACCUUGGAGAAAGUCCCAGUCGAUCCAAAGAUAUCUUCUCAGCGGAAAACCCAGUCUAUGAGGCAGAGAUGGGAAAACAGCAAGGAGGCGCUGAAGCGCAAUGCAAGGGGGAUGAAGUGAAAAAUGAUUCGUUCGCAAUUUCUUAUCCCCGAGAAGAUUUCGAGAAAUCAAUCACCGACCAUCAAGGGAUGGAAAAUCCAGUUUAUGGAUUAAUGUUAGACGUAGAACAACAAGAUGAGGAUUUCAAAGGCAUACUUCAAUUGAAGAAUCCAGACGGUGACUCGGCUCUUCCUGAGGCGCAUGCGCAGACCUCAGGCUCUCCAAUACGAAAAGAACAGUACCAUGGCACCAUCGAAGUGGACAAUCCAUCCUUAGAAAUCGACAUCUAACUAAGAGCCUCGAUUGGAAUAGA